GAGCGGCUGACAGGAGGGGCGGGCGGCUCCUGCACUUCUGGCGCCCAGGCCGGCGGGCGCGCUUCUAAGGAUUCCCGUGAGCGUCGGGAGUCCCGGUGUGGCCAGCGGCAGCCGCGCGGGCGGCCGGAGUCGGCGGUGGGAUGUGCUCGGCCAGGAAGCUGCUGCGGGGCGGCGCCGGCAGCGCCGGCGGGGAGUGCGACGAGGACGGGGCGGCGCCGGCCGGGCGGGUUGAGGAGCCGGAGCACGGGGCGAGCCCGCGGCGCCGGCGGCCGCAGGACGAGGGCGAGCAGGAUAUUGAAGAACCACAGAACCACUCUGGCGAACCCAUUGGAGAUGACUACAAAAAGAUGGGAACACUUUUUGGUGAACUGAACAAAAACCUCCUCAACAUGGGCUUCACAAGGAUGUAUUUUGGAGAACGAAUUGUGGAACCAGUAGUGGUCCUUUUCUUUUGGCUUAUGCUAUGGUUCCUGGGCCUGCAAGCCCUUGGACUCGUUGCUGUUCUUUGCCUUGUCAUUAUUUAUGUACAGCAGUAAAACACUGGACAUUUGAUAGCCAUAUAUGUAACUGAUAUACACUUGGGCUUUUUGAAAGCCAAAAUAGUUUGACAUAUUUCCUAUUGUGUACUGGCUAUUUUGUAAUUUAAAUUAUAAAUGAGUGUUCUUUAAAACUCAACUCUUUGUUACAACAAGGAUGAAUAUAUAUAUUUUUGACUAUAUAUUAGCCUAUUAAAACUCUUUUUCACUCC